AGACCUUAACAUUGUUGUUUGUUUUCUGGAGGAGACCUGAACCUUCAGGACAGAGGACGGUGAGCUGCCAUGGUGCACAAGAGCUUCUUGUUAUUCGCUAUUGUCCUGAUUCUAGGACUCAGCAGCCUGACUAAUGGAUUUACUCUCCAAAGACCCACGCAACAAUGUGCAGUGCAGCCCAAAGCAAGAGUGAACUGUGGCUACCCAUACAUCAGUGCUCAGACAUGCCAUAGCAGAGGAUGCUGUUUUGAUUCAAGUAUUCCUGGAGUCAUCUGGUGCUUCUUUCCUGGAAGUGAUUCAGAAUGCACCUCUUAAAAUCAAAAUAAGCCACAAAUCUGCCUUUCUGCUCUGAUGAUCUUCUGGAAGAAACAUAAAGAGAAACUACAUGCACCUGUGGAUGAAACAGAACUCUGCUGCCAAUGAUGCAUGUUUUUCAACACUCUACUGCACCCUAAAAUAAUAAUAAAAGGAGCAU